AUGUCAGCUGCCAGAAGCAGAAGCAGCACAGUUCCCCCGCUGACUCUCACCGAGAGCUUCAUGGAGUUUGUGGGACGGCGAAGACCCUCUGAGGCCUGCAGCCUCCUGGCAGUCCCGAACGUCAGCUUCUUGGAUGUGGAUGAGGACGAUGGGGCCGUAAUCAUCCGCAUCAGGCCCAAAUCCUCACCUAUCCCGUCGAGGAAGAGCUCUUUCACGGAUGAAGACUCAGAACCUGAGCCUUCUCUCUCUUGUUCCAGGAGAGUGUCCUUUGCAGACGCCAAAGGCCUCAGUUUGGUGCAAGUGAAGAAGUUUGAUGCAUGGGACUCACCGAACCCCCCCACAUAUGACUCUACAUCGACCGAUGGUCCAGAAAUACAGGAAUUCUUCCUUUUACCUUUAACAUUUUCUCUUCCAGUGCCAGAUAAUGAGCUGGUUGCAAGAGUCCAAGAGCAGAAAAUAGAGCUGGAAACCAUCGAGCUACUUCCAGGGACCACAAUACUCAAAGGAGUGAUCCGUGUUCUGAACAUCUCCUACGAUAAGUCCGUCUAUGUCCGCACCACUUUGGAUGAUUGGUGCACCCACUUUGACCUUCUGGCGGAGUACAUCCCUAGUUCUAGUGACGGUGUGAUGGACGGCUUCUUGUUUAAGCUCACCUUGGCACCUCCGUUCAGGGACCAGAGAGCCAGGGUUGACUUUUGUCUACGGUACGAAACCCCGAUGGGGACAUUCUGGGCUAACAACAACAACAAAAACUAUGUGGUCGUCUGUCAGAAGGACAAAGGACAGAGGGACAACGUGAACAAGAAAAGCUGCCUUAAAACUGUUAGUCAGACUGUCUCCACUGUGGAAAACAUUGCAUCAAAGCCAGUUUCAUCACAGGAAAAUAAAUCAACAGAUGAGUGUGUCGGUGGAUCAGCGGAAGACUUGAGGGAUCUGAAAAUCUCUGAAGGUCGGUCGGAAACAUUGGGCGACGAGGAGCAGAAGCUACUGUGACACGCCGCUUCAAAUGUCAGCCCGCUCAUUUUGCUCAUUGUGCGAGCAAGCUAAAAUUAAACUCCCCUGUUGACGGACAGGUGGAGAGCGGGCAGAGCAGCGGCCGACGGAGGCAGAGGAAAGCUGUGCGGACGGCCCGGGUGAGGGACUACUUCGCCCAG